AUGCUCUCAACCGCCACCAGAGAUAACACAACGCCGGCGCCCGUCCUUCCUCCGUCAGAUCGACCGCCGGACACAGCACCGAACCCAACGACAGCGGACCUAACCCCUGAGAAAGAACAGGUGGCCGUGGCCACAAACUCCUCGAGUAUGAUUAUUGAUUCCGUUCCCCUGUUUUUGUCUCCGCAGGUCCCCGAGACUAUGGUGAUGACGGAAGAAGCAGGGCAUGGAGGGAAAAAGGAUCGGCUUCAACCCUUUUCGUAUGCAACUGCGGUGGCAAGGGGGAUGUUCUCGAUCCCGGCACCUGACUCGGUGAGAACUUGGACGCCGGUAGGGGAACACGACUUGGUGUCGGGCGAGCGCAAUGGUGAACCGGCACUAACGGUGUCGGCCGAAUUCAAGGCCAAGAUUUGUGCACCGUGGCAAAAAGCUCUUGUGGUCCGGCUAUUGGGACUAAGGAUCGGAUUUGUCAACCUCUGCAACCGUCUUAGAGGAUUGUGGAGGCCAAAGGGGAACAUGGAGGUGAAGGACCUGGAUCAUGAUUGUUUUCUGGUGAAGUUAGACAACGAACAGGACUAUUAUCGGGCUCUUACAGAUGGUCCUUGGGUUGUCUACGAUCACUAUUUGGUGGUGCAGUAG